AUGGAGUUCUGCGGCGCAUCUGGUGGCGCUGCGAUGUACGAACCUACCCCAUCCGGCUUCGAUCAACCCGGCCUCGCGGACCUCUUCAAGGUCCAGUAUCAAGGGGCUUCAGAGAUGGAAUACCAUGGAAGAGUUUUCCAGGAGAUGGACAACCAGGUGGACUUUGUCCACGAGAUGGACGUUCAGGAGAGGGUGGUCCAGGAGAUGGGGGCUGAGAAAAUUUACUGGGAGUUGCCCGCGGAGAAUGAACCGGCUGAAAUCUGGAGUUCUACCAAAGGCUCGGAAGAGAACCCUGGCUCUGGUGAUGUCCGCCGAAAUGGGAUGUCAGCUGACGAUAAGGUGCCAGAGAUUCCUAGUCCGGGAAGAACCUCGGAAGGAAGUUCAAGAGGGUAUCAGCGGAGCUUCAAGAUGCUGCAUCCGCUGCCAAUGCCUUGA